UCGAACGCUUCACGGAUCCGCCUAACAGAUUUGCGCGCACAUACCUUCUCAAACGCGUUCUCUCAAACGCUCUAAGAACAACAUGCGAACCACGCAUAACCGCAUGUUGCCCAGUUGACAGAUUUUUUACAAUAUUUACAAUAUUUUUAUAUAUAUUUUAGAAUAUAUAUUUAUCGAUUUUCUUCGUUGCAGAUCAUAUUCCGCAGCCGAUUUUGACUCAUACUUUCGAAAGGAACGGUCGGAUGAAAACUGCCUUAACUGAAUUAUACACCUUUAUUAGGUGCUUUGUAAUGUACCGGCGCCUGUCAUAAUAACAGCUAAAACGAAUCAGAUGAAGCUCUCUGGGAUUAUGUGAACAGCAUGCUCGCGGUGCGAUGCCUCAUGUUUGUUGCAGUUGGCGCGAUGUUUUCCGUAACAGCAGACUCGGACGGCAGCUCUCCGUCGCAGGAUCGGGGAUCGUGGGAUCGGAUUUUCCCGGCGGAUCAGCAGGGAGGAUAUCGUAUGACCGAGGAGGUCACGUACCCUAAGCGCCUCUCGCAGCAGGGAGACUCGGACGAAGAGACGGCGCUUACCAGCCUGGGAACACGAAUAAGAGACGGUGCCGGAGCGUCGACGAUCCAUUUGGCCCAGAGCAAUUUCCAGGUGGAGGUGUUUGGAAAGAUUUUCAUCUUAGAUCUACAACUAAACCAUCAUCUGCUAUCUUCCAAUUAUGUAGAGCGUGACUUUGACCAAGAUGGAAAACCGUCACAAUCGACAGGAGGAGAACACUGUUAUUAUCACGGCACAUUGAGGGAAAUUCCAGGUUCCUGGGCAGCCCUGUCAACCUGUCAUGGCCUUUGUGGCGUAUUCUCAGAUGGGCUCUAUUCCUACAACGUCGAACCCCUUCUCAAUUUUAUUGAUCAGGCCAGCGGGGCUCAUUUGGUGAGAAAGAGGCCUGACUUUAGACUGCCAACCUCCUGUCCAGGUUGUCUGAAAACCUCGGAGAAUGAGGAAGUCUCCGAAGAUGAUUUAUCCAAUGAGGAGUAUGAGGCCAGCCUUCCUCAGCACAAACAGGGUUCAAAACGUAUCAGACGACAGGUAUACCGGUCCAGGGUACACACCGAGACAAAAUAUAUUGAGCUGAUGGUUAUCAACGACCUUGAAAUGUUUGUACAGUUGCGCCACUCCACCACCCAGAUGAGGAACUUUGCCAAAGCUGCUGUGAACAUGGCAGAUGCACUCUACAAGGAACAGCUGAAUACCCGCAUUGUGCUGGUUGCCAUGGAGACCUGGUCAUCAGGGAACCCAAUUUCAGUGGUUGCCAACCCCCAGACAACGCUGCAGAGCUUCAUGCAGUAUCGCAGGGAUGGUAUGCGGGAGCACAGUGAUGCCUUGUACCUUUUCUCGGGAAGCACAUUUCACAGCAGCCGCAGUGGAUCUGCAUACACUGGUGGUGUGUGUUCAAGCACAAGAGGUGGAGGGAUCAUUGAGUACGGCAGCGUUGGCUCUAUGGCUAUCUCUCUGUGCCAGAGUCUGGGACAAAACAUUGGCAUGAAAUGGAACAACAUUCGCAGUGCUGCAGGAGACUGUCGGUGUCCUGACUCUUGGCUCGGAUGUAUAAUGGAAGACACUGGGUACUACCUACCGCGGAAAUUCUCUCGCUGUAGCAUAGAUGAAUACUUGCAGUUCCUGCUUCAAGGCGGAGGAAGUUGUCUUUUCAAUAAGCCCAGUAAGUUACUAGACCCUCCAGAGUGUGGGAACGGCUUUGUGGAACCAGGAGAGGAAUGUGACUGUGGGUCUCAGGUGGAGUGUGCACGCAGUGGAGGAUCCUGCUGUAAGAAGUGCACUCUUACCCACGAUGCAAUGUGCAGUACUGGACUCUGCUGUCGGGAAUGCAAAUAUGAACAGAGAGGAGUGAUGUGUAGAGACAUUGUAAAUGACUGUGACAUCCCAGAAACCUGCACUGGAGACUCAAGUCAGUGUCCACACAAUGUUCACAAGCUAGAUGGAUACAUGUGUGACAACAAUCAGGGUCGCUGUUAUAAUGGUCGUUGUCGAACCCUUGACAAUCAGUGCAAAGGACUGUGGGGCUAUAGUGCAGCAGACAGAUUCUGCUAUGAGAAGUUAAAUGCUGAAGGAACAGAGAAAGGAAACUGUGGACAUUCUCCUGGGGGACAGGGCUGGUUACAGUGCAAUAAACCGGACGUCUUGUGCGGGUUCCUCUUCUGUUCUAACAUGACAGCGAAGCCAAAAUUUGGGGAUUUGCAAGGGGAAGUGACAAGUUUGACCCUCUACCACCAGAACAAGUAUCUGGACUGCCGCGGUGGGCAUGCUGUCCUAGAGGAUGGCUCAGAUUUGGGUUAUGUGGAGGAUGGAACCGCGUGUGGUCCUAACAUGAUGUGUUUAGAGCAUCGCUGCCUCCCUCUCAGCUCCUUCAACAUCAGCACGUGUACUGGAUCCAGUUCAGGGCUGACCUGCUCCAAUCAUGGCACAUGCAGUAAUGAAGUAAAGUGCAUUUGUGAGCAAGAUUACACAGGGAAGGACUGUAGUGUGUUUGACCCCAUCCCUGACCCCACACCUCCUCCAGGUCAAGACAAGAAAGGAAUAUCCGGAGAGGAAGAUCUGGUGGAGGAUAGCAAAUCCCUUUACGUGUCUCCCUUUACACAGCUGUGUAUUUCCACACUGAAGCUCAUGUCUUCCACUCACCUCCUCCUGUAAUCCCUACAUGUGUACCCUUUUCUCCAUUCACCUUUCAGUCUUUUGUCUGUACCAGCUAGAGGACCUUCCUCCUGCCUCUACAUUCCAGCCAAUCACAGAUCACUAAUGGCAGCUCAAUCAAAACAAGAAGAAAGUGGUACUCAGGCAAUGACAAGGCUCAACACCAAGAUUUUGUGCAUGUUCCACUUUCAAGUGACUAAACUAGAGCCAGAUCCUUGUUUGCUGAGCUUUGUGUAACCUCCAGAUGAGAUGUUCCUGAGACUGAAGAUUCUCUCCUGAUCCACCAGUUGUAGCUGAAAUGUGUUUGCAUAUGUGCAGCAGACUCCAAUACAAUGCCUGAGGCAGUGGUAGCUCAGUGGUACUUGACUAGUAAUCAGAAGGUUGCCAGUUCAAGCCCCACCAACAGGUUA